AUGGCGACACGAAAUCGUACAGCAGUUUUUAUAAAACAUCGAGAUUCUCUCAAAUCAACUAGACCAAACGCCGGAGCCGCUCGCGAUCUUGAUCAGGUGGAAAAGGGAUGGGGGACAGGAAGAAAAGGAGGAGGCUAUGUACAACUAACUCGGCUAGACACUGGAGAGAGGCUUUCAGCAGGGACGUCAGGAGCAGCAACCUCGCAACCAUCUGCUUCCGGUGGUCUAGGAAGCCCAGGCCUACCGCCGGUGUGGGUAGACGUGUCGGACAAGAUAAAGGACGAUAUGCAAAAGAUUAGAGGCAAGAUGGGUGAGCUAGCAAAGGUCCAGGCUCGCGCGUUGUUACCGUCGUUUGAUACGGACGAUGCGCGGGGAAAGAAGAACGAGCAUGAGAGAACCAUGGAGGUACUCACGGCGGAAAUCACGCGGUCCUUGAAGACGUGCGAGCAGCGGCUGCAGCAGCUUUCGCGGAAAGAAGCGACGUCAGCGGGGAAUGCUGCCAUUGCGCGCAACGUUCAGAGAUGCAUGGCCACGGAUUUGCAACAACUUUCCAUGGAUUUCCGCAAACAGACAAAGCAGUAUCUACGGCGGUUGCAGCAGCAACAGCAGCCUCAAGAAAAGGCUGUACUGGGCCGUUCUGCCGCUGGUGGGUCAUCAGGCAGGCUACACGAUGCAUCAUCCAGUGCAGCUCAAGCUGAUGAGGAUGACUACUUUGACCCAGAGUUUGAGGAGCGGCAGCUGCUGCGAGUGAGGCAGAUGGAGAAUGUGACAGCAGAGAGGGAGAAAGAGAUCCAAGAGAUUGUGCAGUCAGUGCAUGACCUCGCCCAGAUCAUGAAGGACAUCUCAGUCCUCGUCAUCGAUCAGGGAACCAUUGUUGACCGGAUUGACUACAACAUUCAGAAUAUCAGUGCAAACGUUGAUAAGGGGGUUGAGGAGCUGAAAAAGGCUGAGAAGACACAAAAGCAAUCAGCUCUUAUCUUCUGCAUACUCGUCCUCGUGGUGGCGGUCUUGGCUCUCUUUGUCAUUCUCAUCCUCAAGAAGCUCAUAUUUUAA